GCCACCAGCAACGCUUGUUUGCUAUUGAAAUCAAAUUAAUAUCAUUAUCAGUUUUGACAAUACCAUUGCAAAGACCGAAUUCAGAAAGCCAAUAACGAUGACUGACCAAAGCGAGCUGGAUCAGUUGGCAACUGCCGAGCUGCAGAGGCUGCAACGCCAGCAUCGGGGUCUCCAGCUGGACCUUCGGGGUCUCCUCGAGGAGAAGGCCAAGCGCCUGAAGAAGCAGAAUCACAUGAUCAACGUACUGCAAGUGGAGCACCAGAAGCUGAAGGAGGAGAUCAAGACUCUAGAAGGUGGUACUCAUGCGCGAAAGAACACCAAUAGAGAGAAGCACCUGGGCACUUUGCAGGAACAGCAGGCGGAUUUGCAGAGGGUGCUCCAGAAUGAGCGAACCAAUCUCUGGGAACUGGAGGGCCACAUCCGGAAAAUGGAAAAGGAGAUUGAUGCCCUGCGGCGCAACGAAGUGCCCGACAACUGCUACAAGGACACCAUCUGCAAGGUGCAGAAGAGCGUGGUCAAGUUGGAGAACCGCCUGGAUGUCGUCAACAAAAAAUGCAGCGAUGUGCUCACUGAAAACAGCAAGAUGAGGGACGCCAUAAACCACAUGUUGCAGGAUCGGGCAAACUUCAAUGACAUGUGGCAGUCGAUGGUAACCCAGUUUAACGAGGGCAAGAAGUUCAUCAUGGAUCUCAUAGACCAGUCGACACUGGCUUUCGACCAGAGAGAAGAGCUGUGCAACAAGCUGACCGUCCUAAAGGAUCGCAACGAGAACGACAAGGUAAUGCACAUCCAGGAGAUGCGCGAGAUGCAGCGCCGCCUGGAGCACGACGCCAAGUUGCAGAAGUUCUUCGACAUCAAGGGACAAAAGCGCCUCAAUCCGGAGCUGGAGCAGCGCGAGCUGGACAAGAAGCAGAGUCAGAAGGAGACCUACGAGAGGCAGCUUCUGGAGUACAAGGAGAUCAUCGAGAAGAUCAAGUUGCUCUACGGCGAGGAGGACGCGGACCGACUGGUGGCCCAGUUCAAGCGUCAGGAGGACGAGAACUUUGCCCUUUUCAACUAUGUAAACGAACUGAGUCACGAGGUUGAAGUACUCAACGAUUCCACUCAGGAGCUCCAAGAUGAAAUAGAGCGCCAGAAAUCGGAGCAGACCGAGAAGGAGUUGAAGCUUAAGACCGAGGCACUUGACUAUCUAAAUGCCGAGAAGGAGCGGAUCGAGCAGCUGGCGGAGGAGACCAGAGAAAGGAAGCGAACCCUGAGCAUCAGAUUAGAACAGCUUCUCAAGGGCAUCGAGGAUAUAUUCAGACAAUUGGCCUGUGACGAUGCUCCUAUCCUUAAUGUGCUCAGUACCAAAACCUUUUUGACAGUUCACAAUGUGAAGCUUUUCAUUGGCGUCAUUGAACGCCGGGUCAACCUGAUCAUCAGCGCCAUCAAUAUCGAGGAUAACUCCAACAAAAUACUGGCCCGAAAGGAUCGUGUUCCCAAAUUCAACAUACGGGAAUCGGCGAAAACUAAAAACUAAGAAUUAGUAGGCAUUCAUUUUUCUCCAAAAUAUUAAAUGAUAACCAAAGUAUCUACACAUACCGAUAAAACUUAUAUCCUAAUCUUAUAAAUAUAUGAAAUACAUGCUGCCGAAGUUUACAACAAGCUAGUUAAAUGGAAA